AUGGCUGACAUACCGAAGGUAAAAUGUGACAAUAAGCAGCCUUGCGAGAACUGCGUCAAGCGGGACCAUGCCCAGCUCUGCUCCUACAAGCCCAAUCGUUCUGGCGCGCGUGGAUCCAUCACAUCAGAGAAUGCACCCGCAGGCAGGAAGCGGCCGCGCUCGCCAGAGGAUGACGACACUCAGCGGACUCCUCUUGAUAUUAAAAGCGAAAGUAGCACUGGGGCAGGUGCUUACGGUAAGCACCAGUCGCCAAGUGCGGAUGAGACUUCUAUUGGUUACUUAUAUGGCUUUCACUCGGCCGUCACAGACGACGAGGGUGGCGACACCUCAGAAGGGUCAAGAUACCUAGGACAAAACAGCAUACCUGCCAUCCUCAAGGAACAGCUGCCGCCUACCGAACAGCAGGAUGAGUCAACACACAUUCGACAGGACAUGCGGUCCAUCUUGGGGCUAGACACAUCGGCCCCUUUUCCACUCAUGUCACCGAGACAUAUGGAGAAGCUUACACUUGACAUCACUACGGAACUACCCUCAGAUAGAGAGGUGAUGAGACUUUUUCGAACGUACAAGGAGAUUCCGCAACAGUUCUGGGGCUUCGUUAUCGAUAUUAACGAUGUAGAGAGUCGGCUACUUGUUUACCUCGAGGACCGAGCCAAAAACGCGAAAAGCAACUCCAAGGCCACCAAGCCAGUGUCUGCUUCGUGGCUUGCAAUAUUAUUUGCAAUCCUCGCCGUAGGCUCACAAUAUCAUGAGUCUCCCUACCACAUUCGAACUGCCAACUCGCAGAAGUACAUCCAGAUCUCUUUCCAUUUCUUGAGGAUAAGUAACUUCCUCCUCAGGCCAAACUUCGACUCGAUUCAGGCGUUGUUGAUGACGAGCUUCGCACUACUCAAUGAUAUGAAGGCCGAAGCCUCGUGGGCUCUGUUGGGUUUAACUUGUCGCCUGGCUCAGUCACUGGGGCUUGAUAGGACCUCGACCACAAAUGAAACAGAGAUGGCGUCCGAACUUUCCGAUAGGGAGCGUGUUAGGCGGACAUUGUGGUGGAAAUGCGUUUGGCAUGACUCCUUGAUUUCACUAUCUUUCGACAGGUCGCCCAUGACAAAUGCAGGGUCGGUGCGAAUACCGAUGCAAAACCCUAAGGCUGGCGGUUGGGGCUACUUGGAGACUAUGUGCCACUUGUGCAAGAUAAUAUCCCAACGCCUGAACCCCGAGGCACUUGCAGCAGCCUCCUACGAUGUAAUCCUCGAGAACUGUGAAGCAACCGAAAGAUUGCGAGAGCAGGUCAUUCCCGCCAUUCGCUCCAAGGAAGCCUGCACCUCUGCGCUCGACCGACUCCAAUACUUCGCCAUCCGCCUUCAUACAGCUUUCGUCGUUUCGGUCUGCUGCAGACCUGCGCUUCAUCGUGGUGACGACGAGGGCGAAUCAAAGCUGACAAGCGCGCAGAAGCGAUCACUGGCGGAAAAAUGCAAAGUUAACCUUGCCGAAACAGUACGGAUGUUCCUGGCUAUGCACCAGCUAUCCGUCAUCCCGACUCGAUCCUGGGCAUUUACUUACCACGGCCUGUCUUCGGCUGUCCUGUUGGGCAUCCUCGGUGAGACAAAGGCCGAUCCUGAAGUCCGCCAACUCCAAGGUGAUCUUAUCGCAGCACUCUCUGCCACUGCAAGCAAGGAGAAGAGUCCGAUUGGCCCGUACAUACCACCCUCAGACAAGGACAUUGAGCUCUCUGGCCCGCUGUCACGAGCACUGACAGCACUGCGAAACAUUUACGACCAUGGAACGAUAAUUGGUGCGGGUCUCAGGAGGGAACUCAACAGCGGAUACGCAUCAGGGGCACGCACACCUCACCGACCCAACGGUCUCUCGGCAGCACCUACCGGCAACGGAACCGUCAAUGACCCACAGGUGAUACUCGAGGGCGCCAGUACAACACUCGAUCCGCAUCAAGGCGCCGCCCUCGCCAUGACAGAGAUGCAGAACAGGAACACGGCAGUGCCGCCUUCUGCGGAAUAUCCGACGUAUGUACAAUUUACCCCUACGCAACAUCAGCGGCAAAAUCCUGACGGCAAUAGCAACAGCAACAGCAAUAGCAACAUGACCUUUUUGCCGACACUCCAGGACCCAUUGUCUACGGAACCGCCUCUCGUCGAUCCCUCUACCUACAUGUCUCCCAUGGAUGUCUAUGAUCAGAUAUUCUGGGAAUCACCAGAGCCAUGGAAUACGGGCGUAGACGCGAUGAACUUUGACUUUUUGGCCCAGCCGCCCCCGGGCCAACAGCAACAACAGCAUUUUUACUUUUAAUACGCCGGCUACACUCUAUGAGGGUCUUGGGACACGCUGGCUCGCUUAUCUUUUGGGGAUCUACUGGCCAAAGGCUAUGGGAUAGUACAAUUAUUCACAGUUGGGGAGUUUAAAAAUCGGGCUUGGAUAGCAGCGAAAAAAAGAUUUUUGAUAGGUUUUUUGGUGGUUAUGGAAUCCAAAAAGCAUCAUUUUCACCA